GUGACCCGGAAGCUCUAACGGCCAAUAUGGCUGCGCCCAGCAAUACCGACAAGUAGAGACGGAGCCAUCUGAGAAUCGCCGUGGGGGUGAUCGCCGUCGCGCUGCUCGAGAAGCAGCUCAGACUCCUAGCGCGCUCCGCCGCAGGUAGGCAUCUGGUUGCCUGACCAGGGCCAGCAACAGGAUGAACUGCAUACGGAGGGCUAUCCUAGCCUUGGAUUACUCUAUGGGUCACCACUUCCUUUCCAGAGCUGCUCCAGGGCAUAGCCCUUGGCAGCCUGAAGGAAGCUGCCUUUUACAGGGCCGCUCCCAGUUCCCGAGGGGCUUCCACAGCAGUGCAGCAAGACUAACCUCAGAUUCUGAGCAAGUCCCUAUGGUGAAGCCCCCUACGGUGUCCAUGAAGGCCUUGGAGCCAUACGAGGACUUCUUUGAGCAAGCAUCUGGUGGACAGCGAGAUAAGACAGGAUUCUCAAGGGCAGUCAAGGCCUUUGCCCAGCGGGACAUGAGAAAGCGGGGCCAUGUUGAUUUCAUCUACUUAGCUCUUCGAAAGAUGCCGGAGUAUGGGGUGCAGCAUGACCUGGCUAUCUACAACCUCCUGCUGGACAUCUUUCCUAAGGAGGUCUUUGUGCCUCGAAACAUGCUGCAGCAAAUCUUCAACCAUUAUCCCCGUCAGCAGGAGUGUGGCGUGAAGGUGUUAGAUCAGAUGGAGAAUUAUGGGGUCAUGCCAAACAAGGAAACCGAGUUUCUGCUGCUACAAAUUUUUGGGCGCAAGAGUCACCCUAUGCUCAAAUAUCUUCGCCUGAUUUACUGGCUCCCCCGCUUUAAGAACAUCAAUCCAUUCCCAGUGCCAAGACCACUACCCAAGGACCCUAUUGACUUGGCCCGGCAUGGUCUGGAGCGUAUUGCCGCCGACUUGAGUGCCAGAGUCACUGUCUACCAGAUGCCUAGGCCAGAAGAUCUUGGAGCUAACCCAUCACAGCCUCACAUUGUAGGAAUCCAGAGCCCUGACCAGCAGGCUGCCUUGGCUCAGCACAACCCUGCUAGGCCUGUUUUUGUCGAGGGCCCCUUCCCAUUGUGGCUUCGAGACCAGUGUCUCUACUACCACGUACUUCGAGCUGACCUGCUGCCUCCAGAAGAAAGACAGGAAGACAAAGAGAUCGGGCCAGAGAGGAACUUCUAUUACCCCAUGCAGCUGGACUCGGAUUUGGAUCAAGGACCCUGGGAUGACUAUGAGUUUGAUGUGGAUGAAGUUGAGGAAGGCCCUGUAUUUGCCAUGUGUAUGGCUGGAGCCCAUGAUCAGGCCACACUUGCCAAGUGGAUCCAGGGCUUGCAGAUCACCAACCCAGCACUGGCCAACAUCCCAGUGGUCUUCCGUCUGGGAGCAGUGGGAGGAGAACUCCAACUCUCUGAGCAUCAGGAAGGCCAGGGCCAGCACACCAGGGAGCAAGAGGAGCAGGUGUCUUUGAAGGAAGAAGAGAAAGAGCCAUCCCAAACCCAGAUCCAACACCAGGGUCAGAGCUGAGCCUUUGCCUGAAAGGAUUCUUAGACUGAGUGUUCUUGCUCUCUGUUAGGUGUGGUUUUGGUUUAUUGUAAAAGCAGAAGCUGGACUUGAAGCUGAAAACCUUGAUGGGGAAUGGAGUUUUGAGGUAGCUGCUUCCACCUCCUCCCCAGGGGAUCAGUGCCACAAAAUUGAUCGUGCUUUGCUACUUGCCUUUCUUGAGUAGGUAGCAAAUAAAGUAUCAUCCUUGGGGAUUCUGCCUGCCCUGAUUUCUGUUUUUGUCCCUAGUCCUGUUGUGGACUGCCCUUCGGGGUGAGGCCCAGCAUAUGGGUAGGGGUGGGCUCCACCACAGCAGGACAAAGGUGGUCUGACUGAAGCCAGGCACUAUCCUACAAGCAGUUUGUCUGCUCAGUUUUUCCAUCUGGGAGGAUGAGAGAAAUAUCCUUUCUAUGUGAUAUCUGGCACUUAUUAUACCUAUUCAAGACUGUGGCCACAUCCACCCUCCCCCCCAAAAAAAGAUUAAAUGCAAACUAGUUUUUCUUUCA